AUGGACGGCUUCACAAAGCUAGCGCCUGCCAUCUGGCUUCGCGAACCAGCCCUAUCUCCAUCAUCCCCACUGUCAUCACUACCAUCAGGGUUGCCGCCACCCUCCCUCGUCGUGCUCUGCACACGGGUCGGUGCCCAGCCCAAGCACAUCGCCAAAUACGUCGCCGAGUAUCUAGAUCGCUAUCCCGCCACCGCUUUGCUGGUGCUCGAGUCGAACCUGGCCGACAUGACUUACCGCGGCGACAGCGCGCAGCAGGCACGUCUUAGCCCGGCUCGCCACGUUCUCCAAGCCCAUCUGCAGCCCGGACUCACCAGUGAAGGGAUCGUCGUGCACGCCUUCUCCAAUGGUGGCGCCCAGUGCGCUGCUCAGGUUGUCGCCGCCCUGCCGCCCGCUCAGCGCGCGACCGCCUUUCGCGCCAUCAUCUUGGACAGUUGUCCUGGGGAGGCUAGUUAUACACGCUCCGCCAACGCCAUCCUACUGCCCCUAGCAAAAUCUCCUAUGCUGAAGCUGCUCGCCUUUCCCUUCAUCCACCUAAUAUUGUGCCUCGUCUUCAUCGCCGACCACGUCUUCGGCUUCGAGAAUGUGGUGGCGCGCGCCAGGAGAGGCCUGAACAGUAGUGCCUACAUCGCCUAUGCCGUCCCUCGACUGUACACCUACUCGAGCGCGGAUCAGAUGGUUCCUGCACCAGACGUCGAGGCUCACGCCGAGCAGGCACGUCGCGCUGGUUACAGCGACGUAGUCAACUUACGCUUUGAGGCAAGCGGUCACUGUGCCCAUGCCUCCAGGAACGCUGAGCAGUAUUGGGCCGGCAUCGCCAGACUUUUUGACAGGAGCAACAUAAUCGCACAAGGGUAGCAAUGGGAUUUUAUCUCACCUCGUAGUCUGUUAAUAAGUUUAAGUGCAUUUUAAUAUUAAUAUCGGUUAAUCGAGC